AUGGACUUGCUUGUGAACAAAUAUCGUCCAAAUGGGGUCCAGGACAUAGUUGGAAACCAUACAACAAUAGAACUUAUCGCACUUAUUAUUGAGAGUAGAGAUAUGCCACAUCUAUUGCUUUCAGGUCCUCCAGGAACAGGAAAGACAACCUGUGCAAAGAUACUUGCAAGAAAGCUCCUACCUAAUAAGGAGGGAUUAUUAGAACUGAAUGCAUCAGAUGAAAGAGGAAUAGACACUGUCAGAACUACCAUUAAAAGUUUUGCUCAGAGAAGAAUCAAGGACUGCGGGUUCAAGAUUAUAAUCUUGGACGAAGCAGAUUCUAUGACUGCAACUGCCCAGCAGGCAAUGCGUAGGGUGAUGGAGAUACAUAGCUCGGAAUGCAGAUUCAUCUUGAUCUGCAAUACGCUCACAAAGAUAUUUGAACCUAUUCAGAGUAGAUGUGCAAUACUAAUGUUUGAAAGAAUAGACCAUUCUACGAUUCUUGGAAGAUUAAGGGAGAUAUCUAACGAUGAAGGUAUCAAGAUAAACCGUGAAGCUCUUGAUCUUAUUGUUGAACUCAGCGAUGGAGACAUGAGGCAGUCCUUAAACAUUCUUCAAGCAUGUAUUAACUCUUCAGAGACAAUAGAUCAAAAUCGUAUAGUUAAGAUAAUAGGGCUUCCGUCUCCAAAAAGAAUUGAAAAGGUUUUGGAAAAGCUUAUGGAGAAUAAUGUUGAAGAAGCCUUAGAGAUGUUUGACAAAAUCUGGGAUGAGAAGUUCGAUCCCCUAGAUUUGAUAGGCUCAUUUUUCAAAGCUGCAAAGAAUAUGGAGAACUACGAUCUACUUAAAGUAAUCGGACUAGCAAAUCUAAGAAUAUCUGAAGGCGUUAACUCAAGACUUCAGUUCUAUGGAAUGUUUCAUGACAUCCUUAACAUGGGAAGUAAGAGAUUAUAA